AUGUGCGAUCGUAAUAUUUUGGAACCGAGCCACAUAUUUGCUUCUUUGAAACCAGAUAAAAACUUGCAAGACAAAGAGCAUGUUGAUUGUAGGCGUGCACCGAAACGAGAGGUUCAAGUUACCGGUUCAGCUGAACUUAUGGUAGCACCUAGCAUUUGCGUCUUGACUGUUGUCAUCAGAAGUGAAAAAUCUGCCUCUGAUGAAGCAAAAAACAGUGUUUUGAGGCGUCUUGAAUAUGUUCAACAAACCUUCAAAAAUCAUGGAGUCCAGGAUGGUGAUAUGAUUGUUGUUAAGAAUUUGUCAAGGAAUGCUGCAAGAUGUCUUUACGUAAUGGAAGCUCAAGUUGAUGUUACUUUUCGCAACAGCGUCCACAAAUGUAUGCAAUUGCACAAUUUAUUCGUUGAAAAACUUGAUGACACAGUGAAAGUCUUAAGGCCUCAGCUCAUGCAUGACAAGCAGAAAUUGGAAGGUAUUCGUAAACAAGCAUGCUUAACGGCACUUGCAAAUGCUCGGCAAAAAGCAAUAGAAGUUUGUCGUAUGCUUGGCCAAACGAUUGGUCGCCCAAUUUGUGUGAAAGAAGAUUUUUGUGAUGAGACUUUGGGCUCAAAUUCCAAUUGUCAGACAAAUGAGGAAGACCACGUUUUACUUGGAAAUCCGACCUCAAUUGAUCUUCAACAACGAGUGAAAGCAAACACCAUCACAAUCAAAGCUCAAGUUUCUGCGACCUUUGAACUGAAGUUGCCGAUUAAACAUAGGAAAUGA